UCAGCACAGAAAUUUAGAAGACAAAGACAAGCUCUUCACAAUGUCCUACAGACGAGAGCUGGAGAAGUACCGAGACCUGGAUGAAGAUGAAAUCCUUGGAGCCCUGACGGAGGAAGAGCUCAGGACCCUGGAAAAUGAGCUGGAUGAGCUGGACCCUGAUAAUGCACUGCUGCCCGCAGGCCUGAGGCAGAAGGAUCAGACCACCAAGGCGCCCACGGGCCCCUUUAAAAGGGAGGAGCUCUUGGAUCACUUGGAAAAGCAAGCAAAGGAGUUUAAGGACCGAGAAGAUCUGGUCCCCUACACAGGGGAAAAGCGAGGAAAAGUCUGGGUCCCCAAGCAGAAGCCGAUGGAUCCUGUGCUGGAAAGUGUGACACUGGAGCCGGAGCUGGAGGAGGCCUUGGCGAACGCCUCAGAUGCCGAACUCUGUGACAUCGCAGCUAUCCUGGGCAUGCACACGCUCAUGAGCAACCAGCAGUACUACCAGGCCCUGGGCAGCAGCUCCAUCGUGAACAAAGAGGGACUCAACAGUGUCAUUAAACCGACACAAUACAAGCCUGUGCCCGACGAAGAACCCAACUCGACAGACGUGGAGGAAACGCUGGAGCGGAUAAAGAGCAACGACCCGAAACUUGAAGAGGUGAACCUCAACAACAUCCGGAAUAUCCCUGUACCUACCCUCAAGGCGUAUGCAGAGGCCCUGAAAGGCAACUCGUAUGUGAAGAAGUUCAGCAUCGUGGGGACACGGAGCAAUGACCCCGUGGCAUACGCCCUUGCUGAGAUGCUUAAGGAGAACACGGCGCUGAAGACACUGAAUGUGGAAUCCAACUUCAUUUCCGGAGCUGGGAUCCUGCGCCUGGUGGAAGCUCUUCCAUACAACACUUCGCUGGUGGAACUGAAAAUUGAUAACCAGAGCCAGCCCCUGGGCAACAAGGUAGAGAUGGAGAUCGUGAGCAUGUUGGAAAAAAACACAACGCUUCUGAAAUUCGGCUACCACUUCACCCAGCAGGGGCCCCGGCUGCGGGCGUCCAACGCCAUGAUGAGCAACAACGAUCUGGUGAGGAAGAGGAGACUCGCGGACUUGACUGGGCCCAUCAUUCCCAAGUGCCGGAGUGGAGUCUAGCGCGAGGCGGUGACAGCCACGCCUCUGAACUGGACAUGUGCUACUGAUGAUCUGUGCUCUGCAGUGGAGACCAGGGGGCAGGAUGCCGGCACAAAACCCUUUCGUGGUUCAGUUCUUUAUGCACUAAGGUUUUAGGUUGACUAGUGGUUAUAGCUGAAGUUUUAUAAAUUAUGAUUAAUGUGAAGUUUUUCUUUAGUCACAGAAGUUCAGUCUGGUUAUUAUUUAAAAACUAAGAAGCCUCUGAACCGGCAGAUGUUCCUCAAGAUGAUGUUACAGCAGCAGUAACUUAACCCCAAGAGCCAGUUCUGGUGGCCUUGCUAUGUGGUGUUUCAGGUGUAUUUAUGAUGCGUAACGCACGAACAAAAGCAUACUCUUCCGCACAGUGUAGAAGCAUUAUCCAAUACUUUAUUACAAAUUUCAUCUUAGCUGUUUAGCAAGCAGAACAGAUUCUUUAUUAACCCUCCUUUAAAUUUUAAGAACCACAAGAUUAAAGUUGCCAAACUGAUUACCGGAUCAAGAACACAAUUUUUCCCCUCAAGAAAGAAAAAGACUGAGGUCACAGAGCUCUGCCAGGCGUCAAAGAGCACAAGAUUUCCUUUGCUGGAUAUAAGGAAAUGACAG